AUGGUUGUCAAGGAAUUUUAUCUGCUGGGCGAGCCCGUCUCAACAGCCCGAAAUGUCGAGCUUGAUGACAAGCUUGACUUUGAAGGCCUACAACAUUGGAUUGCGGGCCAAUUCGCCAUUGUUGAGCCUAACGGCAUUGGAUUCCAAUCAUCUUCCUCCGACCUCCCCAGCGUUAGCGAUGUCUACUCUGCCACAGAACCCAUCGCCAUCUCCAUAGAUGGCAAGGCUGUGCGAGAGGUCCCCGGACCCCAGGGUCUGCCCUUUGUUGGCAACUACUUUGAGGUCUACCCUGAUCACUUGGGUAACCACCAGCGUCUCUUCGAUCAAUAUGGCCCGAUCUUCCAGACCACAAAUAUGGGCCGCACUAUAUAUCACACCAACGACCCCCAACUCAGCGCCAUUGUCUUUGCCGAGUCCGACUUUUUCACCAAAAAGAUCAUCGAAGCUCAUCCUCUCUACCCGAUCAAGAACCAGGAGGCUGGCGUCUUUCUCGGUGACACCGAUACUCCCGAAUGGCGGACUGUACACAAGUUCCUGCCCCCGGCUUUGGGUCCCAAGGCCGUGCGUCACUAUGCGCCGACGAUGCAAGCUACCGUUGAAGAUGCAUUCAACGUCUUCGAUCAACUCGACGAGGCAGGUGAGGCGUGGAACGUCUACCAAUACAUGUUGAAGCUUGGUUCUCAGGCCGUGGGUAAAUUGGUGCUGGGCAUUGACUUCAAGCACUUCACGAGUCCGGAUGCGCCUCCUCACGAGCUGGUUUACCGUAUUGCUGAGUCUCUGACGCUCAACAAGAAGGUUUCUGCGCGCGGUGACUGGUAUGCUAAGCUACCGUUUGGCGAUCCUAAGAAGCUGCGGGAUGCCAGGUGGCGCAUUAUCGAGAUGGUCAACGAAUCUAUUGCAAACUCGGAGAAGGGAGGCGUUGAGGACCUACCACUACAGGAUGCUGCUUUGAAGGCGUCCAACAUGAUCGACUACGCCAUCCGAGCCACCGACAACAAGGGUGAAAAACUCCCCAAGACCAGUCUCAUGCAGGCUCUCGUCGUCGCCACCGGCGCCGGCUUCACCACCACCAGCUCACUUCUCUCAUGGCUGAUCUACUCGCUCGUCAACUACGACGGCAUGCAAGAGCGUCUUCUCCAAGAACUCAUCGAUAACGACAUCGAUGCCGACACCCUCAUCACCGCCGACAUCACCGACAAACUCACCUUCCUGGACAAGUUCAUCAAAGAAACCCAGCGCCGUCACAACCCAUCCUACCAACCCGCCCGUACCGCCAAGGUCUCCAUGAUUCUCCCCGGCGGCUACAAGCUCCCCGCCGACGCCGUCGUCAUCCCCGCCCUCCACCACGUCCACAAUAACCCUGCUGUCUGGGAUAACCCGGCUCGCUUCGACCCCGACCGCUGGGACACGGAUGCCGUGCGCAAUCGUCACAAGGCGGCUUAUAUCCCCUUCGCGACGGGCCCGCGUAUGUGCAUUGGGUUCAACUUUGCGCUGCAGGAGGUCAAGGUCUUCCUGCCUAAGUUGUUGUACCGGUAUAAGUUCACUCGGGAGAAUGAUGGCCCUGUGGAAUAUGAUCCCAUGUUCCAAUUGAUUCGUCCCAACAACUUGUAUGUGCGAGCUGAGAGGCGGCAGAAGUGGCCUCCCAAGUCGGAGGCUUAA